UUUACCGGAACAUAUUGAAUUAGAAGCACUUAUAUGAUUCAGUCAAAUCAAGUUCAAAAUUCAGCUGCACUUACCCGAACAUUAUUGUAUAUUUUUGUAACAAAGAACCAUACUGACAGUAUUUGCGUGUAGCAGUUUAUUGGUUUCAUCGGGCCUGGAGUGUCAUUGCUCUGCCUAAACCAUGCCAAAACGCCCGAGGCUGCAGCGGUACGUACUCCUCACAGCAGCCUUCUGCUUAAGCUCGUUCAGUCAAGCCCGCUUUCUCCUUAAUACCCAAGAUAUAGCGCCACAAUCCGCUGGAUUUCUCCAUGGGCUAUAUUUCGUGACGACGCUCUUUUGGAACCUAUUUGCUACCGGAGAGCGCAUCUUCUACACUGAAAUGUCCAUCAAUUUUGCGCAAGUAAACGAAUGUUAGGUUAGGGUAGGAAAAGAUGAACAUAAAAUAUUGAC